AUGCGACGUUUAAAUUCUAUGAAAAUCGUUUGUUAUUUAAAUCUCAUAUCGUUGCUUAUUACUGUCAUAUUUAUAAGCAGAAAUUCAAAAAACAAGUCUUUCUUUUCUCUUGUUAUUAAUGUAACAAACUCAGGUUCUCUCAAGUCUACAUUUGGUGAUGAAUCAAUUAGUCAACUUUCAGCAAAUGAUUCCUAUGUGCAAAACAAAUCACUUGAACAAUGUAAAACAACAUAUUCUUUAAGUGCAGAUCAAAAACUAGCCUUUCGUAAAAUAUCUUAUCAACUUAUUACAUUAAGAACACAAAUAAUACCUUAUCCUCGUGAAUAUUUUCAUGGUCGAGGAAUCGUUCUUACUACUGGUUUGGUACAGUUAAAGUUUGCAAAAGUCAAUUUAAGAAUGCUCGAGCUUACGGGUACAUCAUUGCCUGUUCAGAUAUGGUAUUCAUAUUUACAAGUUUCACAUGAAACUAUGAUGGAAUUACUUCGUACUGCACCUAACCUUAAUGCAAGUGUCUGCUGUUUCAUUACGGCUCAAUGUCGAACUCUGACACAAAUCUGGCAGUUAAACGCUGUUCAUAUCUAUAAACCUCCUUCAAGUUAUCUUCGAUUUCGAUUUUUUCCAUAUAAACCAGCCGCUAUUAUUAGUGCUACAUUUUCUGAAGUACUAUUUCUCGAUUGUGAUGCAUAUGUUGCGCGAGAUCCAGAAGAAUUAUUUCUUUCUGAUCCAAUGUAUCUUAAGUUCGGUGCACUUUUUUAUCCUGACGGUUUCAAAAGUAGACAACAUCCAAUUGUUUGGACUAUAUUUAAUACAAGUUGUGCUGAACAUGAAUAUGAAUUUGAUAGUUCAGUGAUAUUAGUUGAUAAAAGACGAGUAUGGAAUGGACUUUAUCUGGCAAAACUAAUGAAUGAUCAUUAUCAAAUUUUCUAUAAACAUGUAACUAAUGGAGAUAAAGAUACAUUUCGAUUGGCUUUUCGUUAUAUGCAAAUUAAAUAUUAUUUAGUAAUGACACCAUGUUCUACUGGUCUAUUCAAUGGUACCCAUUUUUGUGGUUUAACACUUUGUAAAACAGAUAGCCUUUCACAACAUAUCUAUAUCAAUUUAUUAACAACAUUAACAAAAACUUAUCCAACAAUUGAUCUAAAAGAAAAUAUUCCAAUAAAUACAAAUAUUUUACAAUUAACAAAAGAAGUAAAAAAUUUGAAAUUAAUUUUAUUAAAUUUAGGUGGAUUUGAAACAAAUUUAUUUUCAAUAAAUAAUGAAAAUUUAUUUACAAUAAAUGAAAUUGAUCGUGAAAAAUUAUUAGGUGAAAAAAGAUGUUUUGAUCGUUCAUAUUGUUUAAUUGAACUUCAUAUACUUGUUAAUGAUGGUGAACAAUAUUGGGUUAUACCAAUACAUAUUAUUGAUGAAAAUGAUAAUAAACCAGAAUUUAAAAAUUCUUCAAUAGAAUUAAAAUUUCAUGAAAAUAUAUUUGGUGGAUAUAAAAUAUUAUUUGAAGGUGCAAAAGAUUUGGAUGAAGGUUUAAAUGGUAAAAUUCGUUAUAUACUUGAUUGUUCAAUAAAAAAAGAAAAACUAUUAAUAAAAGAAAAUAAAAAUAAAUCAUUAAUAAAUUGUUAUCCAUUAUUUGAAUUUGAAAUAUUAUCCCAAUCAUCAUUAUUAAAUCAAUAUGAUCAAUUAGCAUUAAAAUUUAUUUCACCAUUAUUAUCAAAUGAAUAUAUUGAAAAUGAAUAUAAUUUAAUAUUAUAUGCAAUUGAUUAUGGUUUAUAUGAUAAAGAAUUAUUUAAUUCAAUGAAUAUAAAUAUUAAAAUAGAAAAAAUAUUAAAAAAACCAAAAUUUUUAUUAUCUGAAUAUGAAUUUAUAAUAAAAAUAAAUUCUUCAAUUAAAAAUGGAACUAUUUUAGGUUAUGUUAAUGCAAAAUCAAAUGAUAAAAAAAAUAAAAUUUUAUAUAAAUUAAUAAAUAAAACAAAUUUUAUUGAAAUAAAUUCUUUAACAGGUCAAUUAUAUUUAUCAAAUGAAAAUUUUAUUAAUAUUAAUAAUUUUAAUAAUUAUAUUGAAUUAUUAAUUGAAAGUUUUUAUUUAAAUAAUGAAAAUAUAAAAUCUUUUACUAAAGUUAAAUUAUUUUUUCGUUCAUUUAAUUAUAUUAAUAAUAUAUCAUAUCAUUUUAAUAUUAAAUCAUUAUUUAUUCAACAAUUAAAUAAUUCAAAUACUUUUUUUAUUUAUAAAAAUAUAUCAAUAAAUGAAAUAUUAUUUCAAUUAAAUAUUUUAUCUUAUUAUUAUCCAUAUGAUAAAUAUAUUCUUUCACUUGAGAAUUAUUAUUCAACAUUUUCACUUCUCUCUUCUUCUUCUUCUUCAAUAAAUAAUUUUAUAUUAAAAACUUCAAAUUAUCUUAUGUCAAAUUUAAUUUAUUUAUUAAAUAUUCGAAUAAAACAUGAAUUAACUCAACAAUGGUUAUUAACAAAUAUAACAAUACAAUUUAUUGUUAUUGAUCAAUUAACAACUACUUCUAAUCUUAUUCAAUCAUCUUUAUCUUCAUCUUCAUCUUCAUCUUUACUUAACAUUUGUUUACAAAAUUCAACUUAUUUUCUAUAUGAUAUUUAUAAUAAAAAUCAAAUUGGACAAUUAAAAGUAAUUCAAACUAAUUUACAUAUUUCAUUUUUUUCAAAUUUUAUAAUUUUACUUAAUCAAAAUGAAAUAAUUAUUAAUCAAUGUCGAAUGUUAAUUAAUGAAUUUGAUUUAAAUUAUAUAAAUAAAACUCAAUAUGAAUUAUGUUCAUAUAAUUAUUAUUGUUUUAAUAUUACAAUAAUUAAUCAACAAUUUUCUUUGUUUUCUACAAAAAGUAAAACUAAAAAUUUUAUUUUUAAAUCAAUUUUAUCACCUCGACCUAUUGAAAUAACAAUCUUUGCUUUUUCACUUGUAUUUAUUUUGGCAACAAUAACAUUAAUAUUAAUUAUUUGUCGACUAAAAGGUUUUCGUUUAUGUUUAACAAUAAAAAACUAUUUAUUUUAUGGAAAAAAAUAUGGUUUAAACAAUGCUCAACGUCUUUCAUCAACAAAAAUGACACAAAGAGUUCAUUCAAUUGUUGUUCGAGAAUCUCGAUCACCUUCUUUUGAACACAUCAAAUCUAAACCAUAUAUGUUUAAUAUUAAUCAAAUUAGUGAACAAGACACAAUCCCAUCAAUAAGUAUAUAUCCUCAAUUAUCUCCUCCUCUACCAAUAUCAUUAUCUUGUGCAUCAUCACUUCAACAGGAAGAACGAUCAAUGUCAAAUGUUGAUAAUGAGAUAACACCUCGAAUGUCAGCAUCUUCAUUUAUACAAGACACAAAACAAUUACUAGAUAUCAUGUCACUAAAUCAGGAUUUACAUAUGUCAACGUUAGCUUCUGAAGUUUAA